AUUUAGCCAUAAUAACCGUUAGUAAAAAACCACGUGGCGCUGCAACAGUGGCCACUUAGCCAGUGAGAAAAACUCCGAAAGGGCACUUUCUGCCGGAAAAAAACGGUCACGUGCUUGAAUUAUGGAAGUCGCGCGUCGCCACCCCCUGAUUCCCGCCAUUACCAUUUUUCGAAACCCUAAUCGUUUGCUUCCCCUAAACGCCACCGCUCCUCAUUUCAUUUUUUCCCGCUCCCCUAACGCUCCUUUUCCCUCCCACAAGCCAUUGGAUAAAUCCCCAAAACCCUAUCACCACUUUCCUUCCCCAAUCCAUCCAUCGCCUCCUCUUCUCCUUCUUCCUCCAAUCGUCCUCCGACAAUGGUGGGAAUCUCCCGAUCUCCAAAACCCAGCCACUGCUGCUUCCAGCGUUACCUCAAGCCCGGCGCCCUCGCCCGUCUCCGGGACUCCAAAAUCAGCGCCGCCAGAUCUCUCCGACCCAAGUCUCCUCCUCCGCGUCUUCCUGAAUCGGAGCACCACUCCCCUCCAUCGGUUCCCUCACCGGACGGCGUCCCCUGCUUUUUCGGCAAGCUGUACGGCCCUCGAUCCCUUACCAGGAAGAAACUCGUCGCCGCUAGAUCUGUCUUGUUCGCCGCCGGUUUGGCUGCUUCCGAUCCGGUUCCGGAGCCGGCUAAUGGCGCCGCGGAUAAUAUUAGUAGUAGCAGUAGUAAUGGGUCUUUGAUUAGUGUAUUGAGUAGCGAUGUAGUUGUUGCUGCUCAUUGAUUGGAAGUAGAGAUUGGGGGGGAUUAGCAUUGAAUCCCCCUUUUUCCUUUGUUGUAAUUUCAUUAUAAAUACAGUUUUCUUGCUAGCCUUUCCUAGUAAAUGAUGCGCAAUAAAGGGGUUAGAUUCAUGACAGUUUGAAAUUGUUUUUAGGGUUUUGACAUCUUGGAAUGGGAAAUUUUGCACUUGUGAUUCUCCAUUUACUCCUAUCGGACCCGUUCGUUCUGUGCAAUUCGAUUGAGGGUUCAAUGAUCAGGGCAUUAGGGCAGGGGGUGAUCGUUUUGCUUUUCAGAACUGUGAAAUCUGGAUCAACUCGCUGUUCAUGUGUAUCUAAUUUCAUAUAUUGUUGGAUCUCUCCAGUGUUCAACAGCUCAUGGAACAUUAGGGUUUGGGGAAGGUCAAAUCUUGAAUUGAAAUGUGGUUGUGGCAAAUCUUCUCAGCUUUAUGUGCAGAAGUGGAGAAGAUAAUACUAACCCUUACUGCAUAAUUACGAAGUUAACUUGGUCAUUAUUCGUAAACCCUAUUUGGUAUGAUUGGUAUUAGCAGUUUAGAACCAAGCCUGACUGCUGUUAUCAGUUAUGCUGUGGUUUCAUUCAAUUGCACGUUGGUGGUUACUUGAUACAAGCUGAUGAGGUAAUUGCAUUUAUCCCUUUUAUUGCAUAUUGGUGGUUAGCCAAAGAGGGAAAUUAUCAUGUGUUUGUGAUGCUUGCAAAAGGGGAUCUCCCACUAGUAAUGGCUGGACAAUUUGAGCAGGUCAAGUAAGCAUAUGCAUGAGAAGUAGAAGAAUCUGUUGUUUCUGCAACUUUGGAGGGUGUUGGACGGGAGGGUUGUUCUUCUCAACGAUUGGUGUUGCCACUCUUUACUACUUUGGUUAUGGUUAUGGUUAUGGUUAUGGUUAUGGUGAAAACGAUUUGCAAGGAGGAAAUUCCAUGCACGGCUUGAAGUUUAUGUUUGCUUUCAACAGUUCGUGGCAAGGAAUGCGGAGUAUAGGCACAACACAGGUUUCUCAUUUCCUUCUCCCUGGAUAUGAACGAUGCUGUCUUUCACUUCUGCUUGUGUCCCUUUGUUUCCUUGCUAUGCUAAUUGCUAAGUGAUUUAUCAAUCUAGUCAUUGCAGCAUUAAAGCGCUUAUUAUUUGUGAAGUGGAAUAAGGAUAUGGACCGAAAAGCGUCUGGCUAACUAAGCAAGGUGCUGAUGCCUUCUCAGCUGUCCAGUUUUGCGAAAAAUGGAGAUCCUGAAUCUGGUGCCUGUGGGACGAGAAGCAUCUGAUCUCCUUUUUUCACUACUUCCUUCAAUCGUGAGCAUUGGUAAACUAGUCUCUCAUGGUUUGAAUGAUAGCUUCUACCUCAUUAGCGCAUGACCUUUCACGUUGCAUCUUGAAAUAUAUGCUCCAAAUAUCAGCACUGGUGGUAGUAAUCAUCAUCAUUCCAUAAUGAUGAGUGCAGAGCUUGACGACAGUGACGGAUGAUAAUAAUAUUUACCCUCUUACUAUGGAUUUUUUUACUCCCGUAAGCGAACAGGAAUGCUGUUUGUGUUUCUGAAGAUAUGGCCAAGGGUUGGACAAGACGUUUGCUGGGACAAGGGUUCAAAACAGUAUAUCAUGUAGAAGAGAUUCAGACGGCAUUUGGUGAAUGAAUGCGCUCAGAAAGA